AUGGCGCUUCCUCUCAGUAUCUUCCUCGGCGGCUGCGUCGUCGCCAUCCCCGUCGUAACCGGCGUCGCGCAAGGUGUCGAGCACCAAAAGAAGCAGAACGAAGAAGCCGCCAACGAAUCGCGCAUGUGGAAAUUCAACUGUCUCGUAGCCUGCGACGACCCCGAUCCGAUCGCGAAAGAAGAAAUCGACAAUGGCAUCCUCGUCGUGCGCCACGAUAAAGUCUGGGUCGUGCCGAGAGAUGCGGAUAACAAGCCCAUGUGGCCGGAUGGAGUGGAUGGGGAAGGAAGAGAGCCUCUGCAUCCAUUUGCGGGCUUUUACAUUGCAUAUCCAGAUGAAGACAGGAGUCCGCCGGAGAGAGGAUUGGUUACCACAAUCAGCGACGACCCGCCGAUGCUGAACUGGGUCUACUGCGACAAGAAGACGUACGAGCUACGCUACUCGAACCGCACCGGCAGCAUCAUACAUCAUGUCGGCGUCUGGGACUGGACCGAAGACGAGACGCACCUCACAUUCGAAGGCUGGGAGGGCUUCAUGGCCAUCGACGAAUGGGAUGGCGCCGACGAAGACCCGGACACACCGUGGGGCAAGGAAGGGCUGCGGUGGGCCGUCUACUUCGACAAGGACGACAACGGGCUCAAGGGAAAGCACAAAGGAAGGGACAUGUUUGAGAUCAGCCUCAAGCGCAGGAUACAGAGCGCGGAAGAGCAGUUGAAGCAGAACGAGGCUGCGGAGAAGAAGAUGCAAGUCAAGAGCAGGGGUGGUUUGAGUACGCAGUUCGCCGCGCCCCAGAAGGAAAGGGAUAAGGAGUGGGAGAAGAAGUUUGGCGAGAAGGCGAGGCUGGAGCUGGAGAAGAAGUUGGCGAAAGACCAGGAAGAAGGGCAGGGGCCUGAGUGGGCUAGAGGCGAUGUUGGGAAAGAAGAGUGA